GUCACUGCAGCUCUCUGUCAUAUUAUCAUCGUAGAGAGAGGCAGGAGAGGAAGGAGGGUACCAGCAGCGCAGAUUUGAAACCCACCGGAGGUCAGCAGCGUCCUAAGGGAGAGCGAAGGGUUUGUUUCGGAUCGAUAGAUGACAGCAGAGACGCACCGGCCCACACAGCGCCGAUGACUCUGAGAUGGGACACGCACAUUUGUUGUUGGCUGCACAUUGCCACGGAGCCAGCUUCAUGUUACCGAUGUCUUGUUGUCGAUGACCUGCAGCCUGCUGCUCGGACUGUUUAAGUUAAACGGCUAGAAGAACCUGACUGACAGUCCUGAUAUUUCCACCCGGACCUGGUGAUAUGAGAGGCUCCAGGAGACGCUGAUGGAGCUCCAGGAGUUGAGCUGGCUGUGUCUGGUGGGUCUCUUCCUUGUUUCCUUGCUGAUUGUGCUGGGAUGGCUGCUCCAGUACCUGCUGACCGUGUUGCGGCUUUGGAGAGCCAAGAGAGCAGCCAAACAGGACGGGAGAGAUCCUGCUUCCUGGAAGCAGCCCCCUCAUAGCCAGGCUGGAGGUGUUUGGGGCUUCCUGCUCAAGCUACGCUCUGGCCGGGAUGGAGGUCCUGCAUCUGAGGCCGGGGUGAAAGGCUUGUUGACCUCUCUGUUCUCCUUCAAAUCCUUCAGGGAGCACUUCCAGAGGAGCUGGGUCAAAGCUCUGAAUGAGCAGGCCUGCAGGCAUGGGAGCUCGAUCCAGAUCACUUUUGACAGCAGUCUCCAGCUAACUACUGCCUCUGCCAUAGAUAGUGUGACGUGCACUGACCAAUCAGCACACAGAAUGGUGUUACACUGUAAAUGUUGGGUGGACACAAUGACAUUUCCUGUGACCGUCACCCAGCAGUCACCCGCUGCCGUUUCCAUGGACACCUAUCAGAUCACUAUAGCACCUACGGUGGUGAAGGUGGUGGUGUUUCUGGAGGAGAUGGCGGAUGAGGGUCUGCUAAUGUCCUGGACUCUUUCCAAGCAGCCCUCAUUUACUCUGACCGUGUCUCCGUGCAAGCUUCAGAGACAGAGCCCAGAGGUUGAUGCAGACCUUGGCACCAUUAAGGGACUAAUAGAAGACACUCUGUUCAGCACUCAGCCGGCGAUGGUCCUCAACCUCAAGACUUGUGUGUCUUCUCCACUGGCCCCCAUGGACCAUCUGUCUGUGGGAUUAAACUCUGCACCCCAGAGCGUCUUGGUGAGACGACUACUGCUCCGGCAGCUCAGGGCGACCUUAAGUAAAGGUCAGUGGUCCAGAUCAGGGGAGCUGUGCUGCGUCCUGAACCUGGACCAGCCCUCCACAGAGAGGUCAACACGCUUCCUGUCUGUGCCCAGCAAACCCAACGCCCUGCUGGAAUGGAGCGAAGAAAUUUCGCUAGAUCUGGGCCUAGAGACCAAAGAACUGAGAGUCAGACUUCUGGAGCGAAAUGGCAAAAAAGAGCAAUACCUUCCUGGCCAUGCCUCCGUCACCUUUGACCUCCGCAGCAAAGUUCCCACUGGACAGCACACACUGUCGAUAAGCCCCGGCCAUGGCUUGGCUCCACACUCUACAGUCACAGCUGAGCUACUGUAUGUUGAAACAGAGGAGCCUCGCAGUACCCACAAUGCUCUGCCACUUCGUUCCUCCCUCACCCCCACCAAGAAAGUGGAUGUAGACCGAACCAUCAUGCCAGAUGGAACCAUUGUCACUACUGUCACCACCGUCCAGUCUAGACUCAAACUGGAACACAGCCCAGGUGAUUCUCCUUUGCGUUCCCCGGCCAAAGUGGAGGUGACUGAGAAGAAGCCCACCAUCCUGUCAGAUGCCAAAGGCAGCCCCAAUCCCAGCAAGAGCAGCCGCCUCUCUAAUGGCCUGGAUCCCGUUGCAGAGACAGCCAUUCGGCAGCUGACGGAGUCCGCCUCCAAAGCAGCUCGGAAGACACCAACAAAAAGAAGCACACUGAUCAUCUCAGGCGUGUCAAAGGUCCCCCUCUCCAACGAUGACUGUGCAUUAUCCAGCGGCUAUGCUGCAGCCAUGGACGCAGCCAUGCAUGGCAACAACUAUGGCGCCGGGCAUCAUCAAGACCCAGAUGAAACCACACCUUCAGACGUGUCAGAGCGUCCAUCUGUGGAUGAUGUGGAGUCAGAUACUGGUUCAACUGGUGCCUUGGAAACCCGCAGCCUCAAGGACCAUAAAGUGAGCUUUCUGCAGAGUGGGACAAAGCUGUUGUUCAGAAGGAGACAUCGAGAGAAGGAGUCCUGCCUCAGCCAGUCACAUGAAGACAUCUCCAAUAUGGGCAAUAACUUCGCUGCUGCGUCAACCAGUAGCCGUAAAAAGUCCGGCAGCUUCUCUCGGCGUCUCAUCAAACGCUUCUCUUUUCGCUCAUCAGGCAAAUCAAAGGGCAAAGCCACUACGACCAACGGAGGAGCGAGCUCUCUGGAUAUCUGAUUUUUAGGGUCAUCCUGACUGUAAGACCUCUGUUUUCACUGUAUGAAAACUUAACACGAGUCCCGUCUUUUACAGCAUGACACCCCAGGUGGGUUGUCACCUGUAUACAGUGAAAAGAGGACACCUCUGGGAGGGCUUUCCUUGGGACAGAUAUUUGUUGCACUCUCAGGACAGAAAUCAUGUUUUAACCUAGUGCUCAAGAGUUUAAAUGGGGUAAUGAAAUCCAUUUCCUCUGCUGUGCGAUGAGGAGAAGGUAAUAGUUGCAAAGAAAUGUCCUGUGCACAGAUGGAACAUGAAUUACAGUGGGAGAGUUUUAAACUCAUGCUGAAAAAAGCCCUUGCAUUAUUUAAUGGUAUAAAAUGCCAGUAUGAUGCUACUGGCUGCACUUUGGACGGUAAACUUCUUUUUUUUUAAAUGUAAAUUCAGCACAUGUAAUAUUCCUGGGUUAUAUAACGGUAAUUUAUUAUUAUGUGCUUCAUAUGAAAUAGAUGCUAUUUAUUUUACCCUCCAAAAGACAAGUCAUUAUUGUCAUUAUUGCACUGUAAUAUAGAAACAUUGCUGUGUGUUUUUCCACGCAAAUUUAAUUUAAAGCAAAAAAAAUCUAUCUCAAUCUAACUGUAGUGUUCAUUCAUAACUGCUUGUACAUUGGUUUGAAAUGUUGUUCAAUGUUGUAUCUUAUAUAAGACACAGGAAAAAUAAUAUAUUUACUGUACUUUUUCCUUUUUAAAAGUACCGUCUGUGGAACAUCUUAAUGCAUUUAAGUUUACUUUUGAAUUUUCAACUAAUCAGGAUUUGUAUCCGACCAAGCAGGGCAACACAUUUUGAUUUUUUUUAAAUACUGACAUUUUUCUUUAAGUAAAAAGAAAUGAAAAUGAUUUACUACUUUUCUUGUGGCUCAUGUUGACUCCAUCUAGUUUUAAAAGUGCUUCAGAUCACAUUAAGGCCACAGUUGUGCUCACAUGGACUUUCAUUAAUGCAAUAACAAUCAUUAGCUGGCAGCAAGAUUGCAUACAUUUUGGGUAAUGCCUCGCAGCGUUGCAAGCAUUCCUUUGAAGAACAGGCUUAACUUAUAAUCAUAAACUAUAAAAUGCAAAAUCUAUCUUAUAUUUACAUUUAGGAGCAUCAUCAUGCUGUAUUUCUUUUACAUAAAUAUAAGUCAUACAUGACUGAUAAAUGGCUUGAAUAGUUCUUUGGUUUAUGACAAGGUGUUGGUUUGAGUGUUGAAAUGAGGACAUACUCAGGGCUAGCAGUGAAAUGGAAACUGGAACCUUAAGUUUAGAGGGGACCUGUUUCAUUCAACGGCACACAGAACCAGUAUGUAAAAAAAGUGGGUACGGACACCCACACACAUAUGUUUGCUUUUCAACAGCUGUGAAAUUACCUUUUCUACAUCUGCCAGUAAUUUCUGCUCAGAACUGUGCCCCACUGCAGGAUUUAUUUUUCUCAAAGGCAGCAUUGCUCCGUUUAGGAGAUGCAAAUUGUUUCCAUGAUAUCCGUAUACCUGGGUGUACCAAUGAAAUCAAAAUAAACCCUCAAUAUUUAACAAAU